GGAUUGGGCAAGACUCAUGACUUGUUGCUAUUGUCCCUAAACGCCUCCGACCGUCGAGCUCUUCCCAACCCAUGAACGAUGGCUUCGUGGCGUGGCUUCACCGCCAUGAGCGAUAACUACAAAAGGCGCCCGUUAUCUCGGUGAAAUUGCAAUCGCACAGAGACAGCUGCGACACACAUCACGCCGUGCUUCAAUCUCGAUACACCUAGACACAAUGGCCAUCCUCAACACCUUCUCCCGCGCUCUGCUCGUCGCGCACGUGGCAGCUGUCCCCGCGACGCGCCGCGCGUCCGUGGAGCUUGUGCCUAUUCCUAUCUCCCAAUCUCAAGGAUGCUACACGGAGCCGCCCCAACACGAGGGACGCGCCCUCAAGGGCCCUUGGGAGAGGACAGACGACAUGACGCCAGAGGUAUGCCAGGCCUUCUGCUCCGACUAUCGCUACGCCGGUGUCGAGUUUGGCCGUGAGUGCUACUGCGACAACGAGAUUGCACCCAAUGCGCUCCCAGCCGAGGGCGAGUGCACCAUGCCCUGCAGCGGCGACAGCUCCUCCACCUGCGGUGCGGGCGAUCGCCUCGAGAUCUACCUCAAUGAGCAGUACACCGACCCGACCGUCGCGACUGUCCCCGGCUUCGCCUACAAGGGCUGCCGCGCCGAGCCCUACGAGGAUCGCGCCCUGCCCGACAUGCGCUACGAGCAGGACGACAUGACCCCCGAGACCUGCACGUCGCUCUGCAGCGGCGGCGGCUUCCUCUACGCUGGCCUCCAGUGGAGCCGCGAGUGCUGGUGCUCGAGCACCAUCAAGGGCGGCCACUGGGUCGACGACAGCGAGUGCGACAUGCUCUGCGCUGGCGACAAGGACAGCUUCUGCGGCGGGCACAAGCUCAACACCGUCUACGGCCCGGAGAAUGUGGUCAGCGCCGUCGUUGACGGCUGGUCCAACGUCGGAUGCGCCGCGGACAGCGUGAGCGCUCGGGUCCUGAGCGCGCGCCAGACGACGGCCAGCGACAUGACGGCCGCCACCUGUGCUAGCUUCUGCUCCGACUAUGCCUACUUUGGUCUCGAGAACGGCAACGAGUGCUACUGCGGCCAGUCCUUUGGAGGCGACCUCGUGGACGAUGGCGAGUGUGCCCUCCCCUGCCGUGGCGACGGGCUCACCGUUUGCGGCGACGCGGACCGUCUGAGCGUGUACCAGACUACUGACAUGCCCUCGGUUGCUGCCACUGUUGGCGACUUCUCGUACCUCCACUGCGGUGCGGACAAUGUGGGCGACCGCGCGCUGCAGGGCGGCUACAUUCACGGCGACGACAUUACGCCUGAAAAGUGCGCAGAGGCGUGCGCCGACUUUGCGUACUUUGGCCUCGAGUUUGGUCGCGAGUGCUACUGCGGCAAUGAGUAUGAGGGUGCCGAGCAGGAUGAGGGCGACUGCUUCAAGCGUUGCUCGGGCGAUGCGUCGCUGCUGUGCGGUGGGCCUGAUCGUCUUUCUGUUUAUAGGAAGGCCAUGGAACCUCUUGUCUAAUUGUCAGACGGAUGUUGCUGGUUUUGGCCGGGCUUGCGCUUGGCCUGCUCAUGCAACACAGGGAGAUUUAUAGGAUUGUAGGUACUGAGAAUAGCAUAAUACGUACUUAGUAUAAUGGUGCUCAACGUACGACAUGGACUACCGCAGACUACAGCAGAAGUCGACGCUGCCAUUAAGCACAUCCACGUACCGCUUCACUGUCUUCGCCCAAAUGUC